UAUCCUGUUGUUGGACGUUUUGACUGCGCAUUGAAAACAGAAGGAACCUCCUACAUUUAUGAGUGAUAUUUCUCUUUUAUUCAGCUCCUUUUAACCAAACUUUUAAUUUAAUUUACCCUCUACGUUUGACUGAGACUCCCAGGGAGUCGACAGGUAUGACACUUUCGGAUCGGUCGAGCUCCGAAGGCGGAAGGGGGUCUCGAAGUCCUCGGGCCCGGAGACCCCGCACUCGAUCCCGCAGCCGCAACCGUAACAACAGCCGCGAUAGAAGCCUGUCCCCGGACAGCUUUGGGCCUAAACUCCCGAAGCCACGCAACAGGGAGAGAGAACGAGAGGAACGGGAGCGUCGUUUCCGGGAGGCCAAAAACCUCAGACGGAUCCGUAUAGCGUCACCACGACGAAGCAGGUCCAGGUCUCGGUCCAGGUCCAGAGAGCGACACAACAACACGAGCAGCGGCAGCAACAGUCACAGCCACGGCCACUGGUCCGAUCAGAGGGACGGUCCUGCAAAACAUGGAGGAUUUAAGGAUGAUUAUUACUACGAACAGCAGAGAGACGACGCUCAGAGACAGAGACAAGAGGCUUUCAUUGCAAGGCGUCUGCAAGAGAGGGAGAGGAUUGGUGAGUUAGGUUGUCCUGAAGUUUGGGGAUAUUCUCCAAGAGUAAAGGAGCCAGACUCUGAUGAGUUUACACCAGUUGAAGAGGACGAGAAGAACAGCAGCUCAGAGUCAAGCUCAGAAGAGGAGAGGAAGAAGAAGAAAAAGAAGAAGAAAUCCAAGAAGAAAAAGAGCAAAAAACACUCUGAGGACAGCAAUCUGGAAUCAGAUUCUGAUGAGGAAGAAGUGAAGAAGAAGAAAAAGAAAAAGAAGAGCAAAAAGUCAAAGAAAUCCAAGAAAAAGAAGGCGAAGAAGAGCCGGAAAGAGUCCAGCAACUCCAGCAGUGAGGAGUCAGAGGAGGAAGAGGAGGAGGAUCCUAACGGGGUGAUGUGGGUGGAGAAGACGUGCAUGGACGAACACUUGGUCGGCCCUGAAGCUCCACUGACGCACAUGUCCCAGGACGAUAGACCUCUGGAUUUUGGUCAUGCGCUGUUGCCAGGUGAAGGUGCUGCGAUGGCAGAGUACGUGAAAGCAGGCAAACGUAUCCCCAGAAGAGGAGAGAUCGGUCUUACCAGCGAUGAGAUCGCAAACUUUGAGAAGUCUGGCUAUGUGAUGAGCGGCAGCAGACAUCGUCGUAUGGAGGCCGUGCGUCUGAGAAAGGAAAACCAGAUCUACAGCGCAGACGAAAAGAGAGCUCUGGCUUCGUUCAACCAAGAGGAGAGGAGGAAGAGAGAAAGCAAGAUCCUGUCCAGCUUCAGAGAGAUGGUAUACCGCAAAACCAAAGGCAAGGAGGAGAAGUGAACAUCUGCAUCCCGUUCUCCCACAGUUCUCACUGGGAUAUCUUUACUUUUUGUUCUGUAAUGUGUGUAAAAUGUUUUAUUUUUUGGAGGAAACUCAACUCGUUUAAAUGGACUGUUCAGAAGUGAGGGAGGACUUUAACUGUAAAGAACUGUGUGUAAAUGGGCAUAAAAAUAUGCCCUCAUUGUGAUCAUAUCCUCCACUGAGGAUAGUCUCUUCUUUCUGUUACUUAACCUUGAUUUUGUCUUGUAUAAUUUUACCAAAUAUUGUGAUCAUAACUGUAAAUAAAUCUUCACUAUCCA